AUGGAUAAAGAUAAAGUCAAGAAUAUUCGACGGGCUGCAAAAGGCACAUUAACGAGGGCAUUUAUCGCUUGUAAGAAUCUUAUUGAUGCUCCGCGCCCUGUUGUCGAAGUCAAAGAAGCGUUUGAUGUUGUUAAAAAUGCGUAUAAUGGUCUGGAAGUUAAGCAUGAAGAAUUUACAAUGGUGUUAGAUGACGCCCAAUAUGACGAAGCUGAGGAAUGGAUGCAAGCUUGUAACAGUGAGUACAUGAAGUUUUCUAUGAUGUAUAAUGAUUAUUUGAAUGCCAAUGUUGCUGAAAAGGAAAAUGAUGAUGUAGUAAAUCAGGCUAUAAAUGAAGAUGGAAAUAAUGCAAAUGUGGACGGUGAGAAUGAUGAAAACAAUAGUGUAAAUGAUGACCAGGAAAGUUUAGAUAUGCAUGAGCCUGCUGAAGACGAACUAAGUAGUGUGACAAAGAAUGUGAAAUUGUCAAGCCCCUUUGCCAUGAAACACGAGAAGCCAAAACUGCCCAAAUUUGAUGGAGAUGUAAGACAGUACUUUAUUUUCAAGUCAGAUUUCCAGCAUGCUGUAGAAGCCCACUGUUCUGAAAGGGACACCCUUACAAUUCUUCGGUCGUGUCUUAAUGCCCAACCAGCAAAGUUGAUCGAAGGGAUAAGUUCAGAUUUGAAAACAGCAUGGAAGUACCUAGAUCAAAACUAUGGGAAUCCAAGAGUGGUGUCAGACACAGUCACAUCAGAUCUAGAGAAAUUUAAGAUAAUCCAGCCUGGUGAGGAUUAUCGCUUCUGCGAGCUUGUUAAUUUAGUGCGAAGAUCAUACAAUAUUCUGAAAGAAGUCAAGAGGAAACAAGAUAUCGACAACACCCAUGUAAUAUCCUUGAUAGAGAGAAAGAUGACCAAAGAUGAUCUUAGAGUAUGGUCGCGCCAUAUCAACAGUCGUAAGUUUGAACCGUCAAUGGAAAAUCUUCUUGAAUGGAUGGAGGAGGAGAUGACAGCCCGAAUACGUUCUGGUGCCACAAUCCGUAAGAACACUGGAACCAGAUCAGGG